AUGCCGUUAGAUGGUGCCUCCAAGAAUCCGAUUCUGGAUUAUAUCCAGAAAUUGCCCGAAACCAAAAAGUCGCUUCCCUUCGGCGUGCCGACCUGCGUGAUGGCCUCUCACUUGAUUACCACUUCGGCCGCGCUGGUACAGCUGGCUGCAGACUUGGGGCCCUACAUCGCAGUAUUAGCUGUUCAGGCAGAAAUUAUCGAUGACUGGACACAGGAGACCACAGAUGAAUUAACCUUUUACGCCAAAAAACACGGGUUUAUUUUAUGGGAAGCUAGCCGCGUCCUGAACUCGACACUGAACCUCAUGGGCCGAUUGGCAGCCCACCAUGAUUCCCUCGCCACCCUCGCCGAUAUCAUCAAGAGGAAUUAUACAAACGGGGCCAUUAGAAAUGCGCAGUGGGCCGGACUCGCUUCCGCUUGGGCACCUGGAGUCCCGGUGGAUCACCAAGAGAAGGAUUUGCUGAUCCCUACCCUCCGCAGGGCUGCCCGCGAAGCCGUCGCGACCACGGUCAAGACCAUCCAAACAGAAAUCUCCGCAGACCUCAGCGAAUCUUCACAUGAGGAGGAGGAAGAGCUCCAGCUAUCGCCCCAGGUGUCUACCGGCUGGUCUGAGUUCAGCCAAGAGAAUAUGGGUAGUGCUUUGCGAAAGUCAUCCACCAUCUCGGUGACCACCGAGACAAUCACAAUGCAGCCCCAUGUGCAACCUGACGAGGGAAUUGCCCCAGCACCGCUUCUGUCCCGUGGCAUAGCGAUCUGCCUCCCCUGUGACAAGGAAUCUGCCUUCACGUCCGAGUAUCGGAAAGCGUCAAUAGCCGCGGCUUGCGCCAACCCAGAUUUUGUCAUUGGUUUUCUGAGUGCCGAACCCUAUUUCGCGCAAGACCGGCCACGUAACUUGAGAGAGCUCAUUAUAGGCGAUGAUGUGGAUGAUGCACAACAUAAAGAGGGCCAAGAAGUGUUUUCCACCACCCCCCAUUUUCUCGAAUUGGAGCGCCCAAUCGCAUUGUUCUCCUUCGUUCCUUAUGAAAUCGCUUACGCCUACGAUAUGGAGGUCAACCAAGCUCCUAAGGAAGACCCACCUGACGAUGCUCGCCCCGCAUCUGUUAAAAAACUGUUUACGGUGAUGGAACGUGUAAUGGCAGUGCGUGAGGAGAACCGCAAGAAGCAAGCGGCCCCAAAUGACGCAUCCAAAUUGCCCGGCCCGAGCAUUUUCCACAUCCCAGUCAACUUGAUUCCAUGA